UCGGGUUCCCCUUUUGCUUGUUCUUUUGCGCAGGGGGAGCGGGCGCCCGCAAGGCGCGGCCACCGGCGGCGCGCAGAGGAGUGCUGCGCGUGGCGGCGCCAGGCUUGGCCGCAGCCCAGCCAGCGGCAGCUCGCACGGCGCACGGCGGCGUCCGUGGGCCCCUCGGCCAGGGGCGGAGGCGCUAGGCGCUCUGCAGCAGGCGGUGCUUCCCAGGGGCGGGAGCAGUUCGUGCGGAGCACGUCCGCCCAGGCCAGCAGGGAGGCAAGAGCCGCGCGGGGGACCUGCUGCAGGCGGACCCAACCAGCAGCAAGCACUGCACACAAGGCCGGACGCGAGCAGUCAUCCCAGGAGAGGCAGCGCUCCUCCAGGCCAGAUCGAGCAGGCCGCUGCCCACACACCUGUGCACGCUAGCAGCACAAGGCCACGUCGGGCAAGCAGCACAAAGGGACGCACGAAGCAGACCAAGCAGCACUGUGCAUGCUCGGCAUCUCAACGACAGCAACCAAGCGCUGCUCCACCCCCGCCCCUCUCCACCUGCCGCUUGCCGCUCCUCUCCAGUCUGUUCGCCGCCAGGGAGCAGUGUCGCUGUCCUUUCCAUCCGGCCGCGGGAAGCAGCUCAGCCUGUGGAAAGAGCGUUGGAAAGAUGUUGGCAACUAAAAGGGGUGGUGAUAGUCUUACAAGAAGCUCAGAUGACAGUAAAAGAACCAGGUCAUUGGUUUCAGGUGACUCAAAUUGGUACCCUGAUGAAGGUAUCUGGAGUGGCCUGGGUAAAGAAGGUGUUUUGAGAUUGUCCAAAAGUGUUGUCUCGCUUGCUUUGUCAGAUGGGGAUACAGUGCUAUUUUCGUGCUCUGGCAUAGCUAUAAAAUUCAUGAUGAAUGCUACAAGGUUUCUGACUUCAGCAAGUUUGGUUCGAGCUUUCGAGAGUUAUAAAGACAAAAACCAUAAUAACCUUAAGAUUGAAGUGCGCCAUGAAGGAAAAGUCGCCACUGGAUUUCUGAAGGAAUCUGAUUUGGACCUUGAGAUUGCUAUUGUCCACAUCGAUUCCUCCUUUGAUGUUCGUCCCGUAUUUCUCUAUCAUUGGAAUCAAUUUAUGCCCUAUUGCGAUGUAGUAUCAUUAGGGCGUGACACAUCAGGCAAAUUAAUGGCCAUAACUGGGAAGCUUACUCGUGACCGGAGUGGAUCUAAUGAAAGUGAAUAUCUUAUGUUCUCUUCUUGUAAAUUAUCUGAGGUUUGGGAAGGUGGCCCUCUUUUUAGUUAUGAUGGGGAGUUUGUUGGCAUGAACCUUGUUCCAAGUAUGAAAAAAUCAUUUUUCUUGCCCACGAGUUUGAUUAUUGAACGGCUGCAGCAUUUCUGGACAUCUCUGGAAAGGAAUGCAUUUCUGACACGGGUAAAAGAGUUAAAGAAAUUGAGGGUUGGAGAACUGACAGAUGAUACACAGGACUCACAAUCUGAAGGUGCUCCGAACAAGGAUCAUCUAGAAGUGGUGGGCUAUCCCAAGCCAACUGGCACUGGCAGUGGAAUGAAAUUGGUUUAUACUUUCGAAGAGCCUUUUGGUGAUGUUUACCAAGAUGGUAUCUGGAAGAAACUUGGUAAAAGAUUUUGUCGGAAGAUAUGUCGAAGUGUUGUCUCCCUUGCUUCAUUUACUGGAGAUACAAGGUAUUUUGCAUGUUCUGGAAUUUUUAUUGACUGGGAUGGUAAAUGCCGAGACAAUGAAUGCCAGAUUAUUCUGACUUCGGCGAGCUUAGUUAGAAAUCCUGAUUAUCCCUAUGAUGGAGACAAGAUUGUUGAAGGAUUGAGUAUUGAAGUGCGUCUUCCGAGCAACAGACGAAGAGAAGGGAUGUUAAUACAUUACAAUUUGCAAUAUAAUGUUGCUUUAGUCAGUGUCCAAGAAUUCUGUGCUGUCCCUCUAGCCAUUUCUAAACACGGGUCACUAAUUUGUUCUUCUAAGUUAGUAGCUGCUGUUGGGCGUUGCUUCAAAUCAAAUGAUUUGAUGGCUUCAAGUGGGCAACUGGUUCCCUCCUGGUCGGGUCAAUUUGAUUGCAAAAAGCUUCAUUACUCUACAUGUCGUAUCACUAAGGCCGGGAUUGGAGGGCCCCUUGUUGAUUAUGAUGGGAAUUUUAUUGGCAUGAACUUUUAUGAUCCAAAAAUGGGCACCCCGUUUCUGUUUUGUGAUGAUAUUGUUGAUAUCCUGGAUUGUUUUAAGAAAAGGACUGGUGCUGAAAUUGACAGUUUCCGUGUUGAUGGAGAUGACACUGUUUUUGUGAACAGCUGGCCAGUGCCUCCUCCAUAUUGGAGGUGUCCAGGUGAUCCAGAUGGUUUUAGCGAAUAUGAGCGUAAAGUCCUAGCCAGCGGCCGCAAGUUUAACUACUAUGAUGGGCGGGUUUGCAAGUAGUACCCUGCCGAACUGCUGUCUCGUGUCUUAGCUGGUGAAACUUGUUUGAGUUGGCUUUCAUAAUUAUGUUUGAACCUAUGUUUGUUGUUUCUUUUUGUAAGACUGAACAAUCUAUUACUAUUUAUUGUUCCUGGAGUCUACAGAGUUUGUAAGCUUGUAAGGACUUGGUUGGUGUACACUUAGUGUUUAUUUGUUGGUUGGUGUCUGCUUGUUAUCGAGUGAAAAUGAGCUGUCGUGGCCUUUACUGCAACAAGCAUGAUGUGUAUCUGAACCGUAGCAAUGAGACGAUCCGUUGCUGUA